AUGAUCUUCCCGUUUCAGAUGUCUUUAAGUAGUGCACAGGACUACAACGCCAUGUUCAAGAAGUCACCCAUGUCCCUGGUUAUGUUCAAGGAGGCGGUGGAGAUUUGCUGCAAGGUGUUGCGCAUCUUGAAGCAGCCACAAGGCAAUGCACUCCUCAUCGGCGUGGGUGGAUCUGGAAGGCAUUGCCAAACAAGGUUGGCUUCCUUUAUUGCCUUCUACAAGUGCUUCUCCAUCGAAAUCACCAAGCAGUACAAGCAUAAUGCAUUCUUGGAGGACCUCAAGAAGCUUUAUGAGCUCACCGGUGUCAAGAACCAGAGGAUGACAUUCCUUUUUUCAGACACUGAGAUUGUGGAGGAGAGUUUCUUGGAGGAUGUUGCCAACAUGCUGAGCAGUGGUGAAGUACCAAAUCUUUUCACUGGGGACGAGCUCUCAACUGUACGCGCCAGCUUGGAGAAAGCUGGUAAGGAAGCGAAGAUUGCGCAAACUCCAGAAGCUAUGUAUGAUUUCUUUAUCUCUCGUGUGCGAGAGAAUUUGCACAUAGUCUUUUGCAUGUCCUACAUUGGCAACAACUUCCGAGACUAUUGCCGUAUGUACCCCUCUUUGGUAAGCUGCACUACUGCCAUUUGGCUUCUGCCAUGGCCAGCUGAAGCUUUGACUGAAGUGGCCUUGAAAUUCCUCACCGAAGGCGAACUUGAAGAGCAUCUCCGUCCACCUGUUGCAGAGAUUUUCGGGGCCGCCCACACGACAGUAAUGCGUUUCUCCACGCGUAUCUACCAGGAGCAGAAGCGCAUGAAUUAUGUCACGCCGACCAACUACUUGGAGCUUGUGCAAGGCUACAUGAAGAUGCUGAAGGACAAGCAAAAGGAAUUAGGAGCAGCAGCUGACAAGCUUCGCAAUGGCCUGUCGAAGCUGGAUGACGCUCGAGUCCAGGUGGCAGAGAUGAGCGUGGAUUUGGAAGAGAAGCAAAAGAUUUGUGACGUCAAGGCCAAGGAGUGUGAAGAACUUCUCAAGGUGAUUACAGCAGAGCGAUCCAAGGCAGACGCACAACAAGCACAGGUGGAAGCAGACUCCAUCCGCAUUGAGAAGGAGGCCAAGGAGACCAAGAUCUUGGCGGACGAUGCGACGCGCGAUCUUGAGAAAGCCAUGCCAGCUCUUGACGCUGCUGUGGAUGCCCUGGAGAAGUUGGAUAAGAAAUCCAUUGCCGAGGUGAAAGCAUAUCCCAAACCACCAGACGCAGUGAUGAAGACCAUGUGCGCAGUGAUGACGGUUAUGGAGAAGACUCCUUCCUGGGGUCAGGCAAAGACAGAGCUGAAUGAUACAAACUUCUUGGUGAGGAUCAAAAACUUUGAUAAGGACAACAUUAAGGAUACCACACUCAGGAAAAUCGAGAAGUUUACGAAGGAUUCCAACUUCACACCCAAGUUGGUGUCCAAUGUCUCGUUGGCUGCGGGCGCAUUGUGCCAGUGGGUGCAUGCCAUGAAGAUUUAUGCUGAGAUCUAUCGAGAAGUGGAGCCAAAGAGGAACAAGUUGAGACAAGCUCAAGAGAAGUUGGAGUCGAAGCAAAAGCAAUUGCGCGAGGCAAAUGCGGAACUCAAGAAGGUUCAGGACCUUGUGAAGGGCCUGAAUGACCAGUUCAACUCGUCCAACAAUGAGAAGGAGACCUUGGCACGAACGGCUGAAGAGCUCAAGGUAAAGCUAGAGCGUGCAGGCAAGUUGGUCGAUGGCCUGGCGGGUGAGAAGGUCCGCUGGACGGAGUCCUUGGGGAAAUUUGAUGCCCAGCAAGAGAAUCUCUUUGGUGACUGUCUGGUGUCAGCGGCCUUUAUGAGCUAUGCAGGGCCCUUCGGCGCAGCCUAUCGCGAUGAGCUCGUAGAACAUGAGUGGAUGGCCAGCGUCAAAGAGAAGGACACAGAAGUGCCCUUCACCAGCAGCUACACAUUUGCCAGCUUCCUUGCCAAGCCCACAGAGGUGAGAGAAUGGAACCUUCAAAAACUUCCUGCAGACGACUUUAGCACAGAGAAUGGUGUGCUGGUGACCAAAAGUCGACGCUUCCCACUGAUGAUUGACCCACAGAGCCAGGCCAACACCUGGGUGAGGAAGAUGGAAGAGUCACGUCAGCUCAAGGUGUUUGACCCGAACUCCAAGGACAUCAUGAAAUCCUUGGAGCGUGCUAUCGAAUUUGGCACUCCGGUCCUGCUGGAGAAUGUUGGUGAGGAGCUGGACCCAUCUUUGGAACCCAUUUUGGCGAAGAACGUCAUUGACAACGGGGGUGGAACUUUGUCCCUUAAGGUUGGAGACAACGUAUUGGACUACAACCCAGCCUUUAUGUUCUACAUCACUACCAAACUGUCCAACCCGCACUACACGCCUGAGGUAUCCACCAAAACAACCAUCGUGAACUUCAUCGUGGUGCUGGAUGGUCUCACCAACCAGCUGUUGGGCGUUAUUGUUCGUUGUGAAGACAAGCGACUGGAGGAGGACAAGAACCAAUUGCUCUUCCAAGUGGCCAAGGGCCGCAACCGUUUGGUGGAACUCGAGAACGAGAUCCUGCGACUUUUGGCAGAGACAAAGGGCUCUCUAUUGGAUGAUCUGAGCCUGAUCGAUACUCUCCAGGAGUCGAAGGUCAUCAGCAUUCAGACCACCGAGCAGGUCGCUCACGCCGAACAGAACAUGGUCAAGAUCGAUGGUCAGCGCGAGAACUAUCGCCCUGCUGGUUUGCGGUCCGCAGUGCUUUAUUUCGUUCUCAACGACUUGGUGGCAAUUGAUCCAAUGUACCAGUUUGCAUUGGCAGCCUAUGAAAUCCUGUACAUCCAGAGUAUUGAAAAGAGCGCGGAAAAGAAGAUCUCUGUCGGAGGUGUCGAAGAGCGGAUUGAGGACUUGAAUGCCUUCCAUGCUUUGGCUGUCUACAAGUAUGGAUGCCGCGCAAUCUUCGAGCGACAUAAGCUUUUGCUGUCGCUGCAUCUUUGCGCACAAGUUCUCAAGUAUUCCAACGAUCUCAACGAGACAGAGUUCUCAUUCUUCCUUUUCGGCGGACAGGUCUUCGAUAGAUCCGGCCAGUCACCCAACCCCUCACCAGAUUGGAUCAACCAAUCGAUGUGGGACAACAUCAUCGAGGCUGACUCUAAGUUGGAGUCCUUCAAAGGUUUCCAGACCUCACUGGAGCAGUCCUUGCGGGACUGGAAGAAAUGGUACAGCGGCUCUGAGCCAGAAAAGGACAACCUGCCUGGAGAGUGGCACGAGCGUUUGGAUCCGCUGCAGAACCUCGAAGGUCAUUUGUGUGUCCACUGGCUGCCAGCCCUGGAGAAGCUGAUCGAGAGGACCUUUGACCAAGGCCCCCAUGAGAAGUUCCGGAUCUUCAUGUCCUCCUCGCCAACACCCAAGUUCCCCAUCCAACUUCUUCAAAAUUGCAUCAAGAUGACAACAGAGCCGCCAAAGGGUCUCAAGGCCAAUUUGGUGCGGCUCAAGUACACAGUUGCCUUUUGUCCGAUGGAAAGCGAUUGUCUAGCGAUAGAGGUGCGUUCGAUCAAUGGAGAGCUGCUUUUUGAGCUGGACGCGAACCCAAAUUGGACAUGUUCUGAAUUCAAGAAGGAGGCAUACAAGGCCUUUCAGCUGCUGCCCCUUAGGGGCAGCUUGAAUGCCUUGAUCUUCGCUGGUGUUGCCUUGGAUGGGGAUCAAACAUUGCUGUCGCUGGACCUCACAAGCGGUAGCUCCAUCACAGGUGUCAUUGGUCCAAUGACCUUCAAGAAUGCAACGGCCCCUGAAAGUAUUUCGAUUGAAGGGGAGGGCCGGCUGUUGAGGCUGCUUCGGAAGGAGUUUAGCUACCCAGCAGCUUGUGGACCUGAGUUGAAACUUGGUGAAUGCCACUUUUUUGAAGUGAAGAUGUUGGACAAUGGUAAUGGCACUGACCGGCCUGUGAGCCUGCGGAUGGGCUUAUGUCGGAAAACUCCCCGAAAUUAUUUGGGCCAGGAUGCUGAAUCCUGGUCAUUCUGGUUUGAUGAUGGAGAUGCUUACCAAGGAGGGAAAAGAUUUCAUGCCGGACAGCUGGAGAUUUCUGUGCCCAUGGCCGCUGGAGAUUCUGUUGGAGUUCUGGUGGACUUGAGAACACCUGGUGUUCCACUGGAGAUGCAGAGCCUUUCCGCCGAAAGCCCGAUGGACCAGCUGAUCUUGAAGCUUGACAAGCAGACGCGCAAAUGGCUGCGAGAGUGGCUUGAUUCCUACAACCGCGUGAAGGAGACUCAGAAGUAUCGGCGGUUAUUCUUUUCCUUGUGCUGGUUCCAUGCAGUGCUUUUGGAGCGGAAGAAGUUCAAGAUGCUGGGCUGGAACAUCGGCUAUGACUUUAACGAUUCUGACUUUGACAUCUGUGAGAACAUCCUGGCAAUGUAUUUGGACGAGAACCCUACUGAAAUUCCGUGGGAUGCUAUUCGCUAUCUCAUCGCCGAGGCCAACUAUGGUGGACGCGUCACUGAGCAUCCCGACAACCGUGUGUUGAGGUCUUAUGUCAACGAGUUCUUCUGCACUGCGGCAUUGCAACCCAAAUUCCAGCUGUCAACUCUGAACACCUACUACAUUCCGGAGGACGGCAGCCUUCACAGCUAUCGACAAUACGUCCAGUCCCUGCCUUUGAGCGAGCCCCCCGAGGCGUUCGGGCAGCAUACAAAUGCUGAAAUUUCAUCAUCCCUUGCUGACACGGACAUUUUGAUGCAGACAAUGAUCGAAGUACGUGGUGGAGGUGGUUCUGCAGCUGGUGGUGAUAUUGGGGAGACAGUCUAUGCCACCUGCAACACGCUCUUGGAGAAGUUGCCAGAGAAUUUGGAUUGGGACGAGGUUCGAGAUCGCAAUGAGGCAGACUCUUCACCCUUGAAGGUGUGCUUGCUCCAGGAGAUUGAGAGGUACAACGUCCUCUUAUCCAGCAUCCGCUCUUCGGUCAAGACUUUGCAGAAAGGAAUCCAAGGCUUUGUGGUAAUCAGCAAGGAACAAGAAGCCGUGCUCAACUCGCUUUAUGCGGGCGCGGUGCCUGCAUCUUGGCUUUUUGCAUACCCUAGCUUGAAACCACUGAGCAGCUGGAUGCCUGAUCUGGCAGAUCGAAUUGAGCAGCUGAACACCUGGGGUUUCGUAGGAGUGCCAAAGGUGCUUUGGCUAGGUGGCUUGACUUACCCCACGAGUUUGCUCACAGCGGUGCUGCAACAGUCUGCUCGAAAGAACAUGGUUUCAGUCGACACCCUCUCAUUCGACUUCGUCGUGUUGAACCAGGAAGAGUCCAGCAUCACCUCACUUCCAAAGGAGGGAGCCUACAUCAAAGGUAUGAUUCUGGAAGGAGCCAAGUGGGAUUCGAACGCUGGAUGCCUUGCAGAUGCUGACACCAUGGCGCUCUUCAAUCCAAUGUUCGGCAAGUGCACUAUCAUUUGUAGGAGUAUCAGAUGGCAACAGUUUGAGCGCUUUGUGUGGCAUAGCCGGAAGUUCAAGGCAUCCACCGAAGGCAUCUACCAGUCGCUUGAUGCACAUGGCUACCAACGUGUGCUGGAAUCCGGCGAUCUAGCAAGCAUGGAGUCCUUCCUGCAGAGACUCUUGCAGAGCCACAAGCAUGACCUCUUGGAGAUUGUCCCUUGCCUGGCGCAGAUGUGCUUCGAGGAGAAGAAGGACUUUGACGAGGUGCUAUCAAUCAUGGGGCAAGAGAAGCUUCCAGGUUCGGCCUGCUCAUUAGGUUUCUCCCUUUUGACCAAAGAUUCACAGACCCAUGGCUGCAGCACUAUGUCACUUGGAAUGGAGCCACAACCACCUGCAGAAGAAGAGGAGAGUUCUACGAUGCCCUUGCACACAUGCUUGCCAUUCCAGCCUCUAUCUGGCUCAGCUAUUGGAGGCUUCCAGAUGACAUGGCUCGCAGAACCUGUGCCUUUGGGCCUUUGGCUGGGUGGUAGGCCCUGCGCUCCUUUGCGAGGCAGUUGUUUCGUUGCACCCUGCGGUGACAAUGGCAUUGUGGAUGUUGUCGCCAUUUUCCAGGAGCAUGAGGCACGAUUCCUGGGCGCUUUUAGCUACUGGGAUCCAGGUGUUUUGCUCUCCAUCACGCCAAGCCAUGGAACUGAGGGUACUGAAGUCCAGGUGAUCACGUCAGAGUUGGGCGCAGAGAUCUGUCAGGUUAACCUGGGAGGACAAAGGUGCGAGCUGCUGGGCAGGCCCUGUGGCACGGGGGCUCGCUUCCUCGUUCCUGCAAAUUUGGAUGGCUUGGUGGAAGUCCAACUCUUGGCGACGAACGGCAACGAGUUGAAGCGAGAGGAGGCUUUCACUGUGAUGGAGCGAUUGCUCUUUGGAGCGAUCGGUUGCUCCUUAAGUGCUUCGAACGGGAGCGCUACAGUGCGACGCACCACCGGUGUGAGCAACGGCGUUUGCAUCACCGCACGGCCACUCCGACAGCGAAACAUGCAGUGCACAUUUCGGCUUCGGAUCGACGAGAUGAGCAAUAAGGGUGGCAUUCGGGCACUAGCUGUCGGCUUCGCUGUGUUGAACAGCCUGGAUGUGAUGCCAUCUGGCCACACGCGACCCAAGGAAGCCACUGAUUUGAGCCGUGCUUGGCUUGUGGGCUAUGACAAAGGUGGCGCGCUCUUUUGCAGCCCGAACAGUGUGCAGAAGUUGCCCUCAGGUGCAUGGCGGCCAGCAACAGACUUGGAGGCUGGUGCGAUCCUUGAGAUUUCCUGGCGUCGGAACGAGAUUGUCAUUUAUCAAGACAAGAAGGAGUGCGCGUGCUUGCCAGUGCUGGAGGAGAAUGGACCAGGGAAAGAUGAGGAGAUCUAUGGAGUAGUGGACUUGAUCAGAACCUCGGAAAGACGCCGGCCACGAUGGUCAGCCAAGAGCACUGGGCAGAGGCAGGGUCCCGUGCUCUCAGCCACCUUGGUCAGCUGUGUGGACUGAAGCAAUGGAGGCGAAAGGCCUAUUUAAGAACUUUUGAGAGCACACAGAAUUCAGCUCUCUUUGGUCCCAAGCGUCCAUCGUUAAGAUUGCAGACCCAGCCCAGUUCAAGUUAAGAUUGGUGCUUGGACCUUGCAUGUUUUCGCUCAAGGCGACAUAACUUGGGAAUACGAAAGAUGCAAAAAAAUGCGUGACACUUGUGUCCUUGUGGUUCGGGUGGUACAGGCCAACCAUCGGAAAGUGGUUUGUUCAUUCUAUGCCCAGCGGCACAGAUUCACACUUCCUUCAAACAAAG